GCUGUUACAUAUGAGGCUCUUCUCUUCUCAUUCGUCCUUCCUGCGGCCGUUCUUCUCACUAUCAACAGAGAUAUUGGGCCCUCAACUCAAAUAUCUUGGAUUGCCACAUCAUGGACACUGGCUGGCGCUGUAAUGCAAACCGUUGCCGGCCGCUGUUCCGACAUAUUCGGGCGUCGUAAAUUUUUCAUUACAGGGAACAUUUUGGCUGUGAUUGGUGAGUUCAAGACAUCUAAUAAUUCGUCAGCUGUAAACAUAAUCAUUGGAGGCUCGGUUUUGAUGGGCGUCGGUGCCGGCCUGCAAUUUCUUUCGUUUGCAGCAGCAGCGGAGAUCGUUCCCAAAAAGCAUCGAGGCUUGGUAAUGGGGUGCCUCAGUAUCGUAUCGAUUCCUGGAUCAACAUUCGGAUCAGUUAUAGCUUAUGCGCUGGUUGCCCAUCUGUCCUGGCGUUGGACAUUCUACUUGGGCAUCAUCAUCAACAGCCUCGCGCUUCUGCUUAUCACAGUCUGGUACUGGCCCCCGGGUUUCACAGGGCUUCAUCCAGAAGGGAAAAGCCGUUUGACGCAGUUCAAAGAGCUCGAUUUUAUAGGCUUGCUCCUUUUCGGAGGGGGCUUGUUGAGCUUUCUCCUUGGGAUUUCGUUUGGAGGCAAUCCUUACCCGUGGCGAAGUGCCACGGUCCUAGCACCUACAAUUAUCGGAGGCAUCGUAUUUCUGGUGGUAUUCCCCUUGUGGGAGGUCCACGCGCCUAGGAGCACCGCCAAGUUAUGUCCGCCCGAAGUUGUUAGGAACGUUAGAGGGGUCAGUGUUCCCAUGUUGGUUAUGUUCGUGUCGGGGAUGACUCUUAUGAGUCUUCAAGUCUUCUGGCCUCAGCCAGAAGUACAACUCUUAUAUACCUCAGUUCCAAGUGAGAUUGGGUGGUACAGUCUGGCGUAUAAUGCGUCUGCAACAGGCAAUCUGUUUGCGGUGAUCGGAAGAACUAAAUAUCAAUUCGUGUUCUAUGUGUGGUUUCAGACUGUAUUUAUCUCAUUGAUGGCGACGGUGAACCAAAAUACACCUGCAAGAGCAAUAACCUUUGUGGCACUUGCAAGCUUCUCAAUUGGCGCAUCGCAAACUCUGGCUAUUGUCAUUGUUGGUCUUGGUGCAGAUGAUAAGCACAUCGGUGUAGCGGUCGGAUUACUCAAUUCUCUGCGCUCUACUGGCGGGGCAGUCGGAAUUGCAAUUUAUUCCUCGCUGUUCUCAAACAAGGUCGGCCAAGAUCUCCUCCCAAGGGUCGCUGCAGCCGUCGUUCCGGCGGGUCUCCCUGUAUCCUCGGUUGAGGACUUUAUCUUGGCUCUUACAUCAGGUUCACUUUCUGCAAUCGAGACAGUCCCAGGCACCACUCCCGAGAUUAUCGCCACGGGUGUCGAUGCACUGGGAGGAGUCUACUCGAGCGCUUUUAGGCUGAUAUACCUCGUUGGCAUGGCCUUUGGCUUGCUGGCCUGCCUAGGAGCUUGCUUUGUCAUCGGUGUGGACGAAAAGUUGACGAAGCAGGUUGCCGUCAAACUUGACAAGCCUCGUAGUGGAGGGCAUGGAAGGAGUGGAGCCAAAGUUUUGGAGCACAAGGUAUCCGACCAAUCA